ACUAAAAGACACUUCCUCACGCUUCUGCGGCUCUGCCCAGCUCGUGCAUUUAAAACUCACUGAAGGGCCGUCGCAGGACUUAUUACAAGAGCCAUCUUGUGCUGAAGAUCCUCCCCUUUCAUGUCAGAAGCGCUGCCCAGCUGCCUCUCCGCAACACCGCAGCUCUGUGCGCAUGUGAGGCAUGCAGCAUACUUCAGACAAUAACAAAGUGCGCUGAUGACAGCAGGGCGGCUCUGCCGAACACGUUGUUCAUCGCUCCUGGAAUUUGCAGGGGCACGGGCCGAUUUCAAUAAAAGCUGAGCUGGCGUUCAAGACAAUUUUCAAGAGCAGAGAGAGCCCGUGCCGUGCUGUGACCGGUCUGGUUUGGCUCUGGGAACGUGCUGGAAGGCAGCGACAGUAACGCCCCGAGCCCAGGUUCAGCCCGCUGUAAAAAGAGGGCGCUGAAGGCACGCAUCGCCCAUCCAUUUUCUGCACCUCUUCGUCGACCACAGAGCCGGAGCCCGGGCCUGGCGAGCAGUGGGCGCACUCAGGAUGGGACGCCAGCCCACUGCGGGGCACACACAGACCCACACAUUCACUCCAGGGCCACCCGCCCCAGAAGCCAGUUAACCCACCUAGUCUUUGGUCUGCGGGAGGAAACCCGAGCACCCGGAGAAAACCCACGGGAACAUGGGGGGGGAACAUGCAAACUCCACACAGACAGCAGCCCAGGGCACCAGGGCUGCGAGGCUCAUAACCACCACGCCGGUCCUGUAAGAGCGAGCGAACAUCACAGCCUGUGCCCAUCGCCCUGCCACAGAGAGAAUCGCUUUCUUCCGUCUGAGGGCAUGCCUGAGCAAACCGAACCCUGAAAAUGGCGGAAACCUCCGCUCACAAUCCUUCCUCCUUCAGCCCUGGGCUCCCCCUCACCCCGUUUACCCCCUUAAAGUCUGCAGGCCGGCUGCAGCCUGGCAGUCCCCCUGUGAUAAUCACCCGCACCAGGGUGGAACCCAGCGCUCCUCUCCAGCGAGCGUGCAGCGCUGCCACCAGGCCCGAGGCCCGAGGACGGAGGCCCGUGUUGACUUCCCAGCUGCUAGGAAAGCCAGGCGUCUAAAUAUUUAUCUUAGCACACCGUCUUGCGCAAUGUCCCGCAGUGCUGCUGGACGCCACCCUGCUCUCACGGGGGAGCGAGCUGGACAGAGAGCACCUAGAAGAGACCUGCUCGGGGCAGGCAAGCUGGCCCUGGGGUUAUCUCCAGGGCAGAUCUGGGCUGGCCUCCUCCCUCACACACAUUCACAACCUCUCUCACAACCGCACACGAGCACCUUGUGUGACUGUCUGGCCUCCUCUCCUCUCUUCUCCUCAGAAUUGGCUGGCGCGCACAAAGAGGCCCAAACAACGGGACGCUUGAGUAAGAGGCGACUCCGGCCCUGGGCGUUCCCCCCGGGGAGAGAGGGAUCCGAAACCGGCGACCAACGAGCCCUCGACACGCACACGCGUGGAGGGGCUGGCGGCACGCGCCCCAGGCAGGCGGGCAGGCGCGCAGGCUGUCCGUCACGGGGAAAUAAACUCAAGGGAAGACAUGACGCGGGUUCCCGGAGGAAGUUGCAGACACAUUACAGCCAGCUGCGGCUCGGGUCUGCCACUCGGAUGACUAGAAACGCGGCGCCAAACGCAGAAGGGGCGACUCUGCUCGGAGAGAUACCGACUCAGAGGCUACAAAUCCCGAGAGCAGCCCCUCACGAUGAUGGAUCGCCAUGCACCCGUGUGCCGGCAGUCUUCCUCGUAUUACACACCGCGCUGUGUCUGAAGUCGAGCCCCAAACACGGUCUCGAUGGCGCAGGCACAGGCGCUGAGCGGAGCAGAGGACCGUCACCACCCCCGUCUGAGAGGAGCCCCAGUCCUGGAUCACGACGGCCCUGUGUCAGCCAGCCCCCUCCAGGACCAGCACGCCCACACUGGGAGCCCCCCGAGUGGGGCUCAGCACAGACAUCCUGCACGUCCGCAGACACCCAUCGCACAGCGGCUGGAGAGGGGACCUGGGGGGUUUCCCAGGGGUCACGGCAGAACAGCAAGGCGCCCCGAAAUAAGGCGACCCAGACUCCUGUCCCUGCGUCAACCCGUGUUCACACCACACACACGCAGUAAUUGUGUGCAUCUGUGUUUGUGUGUAAUACCUGCGUCAACGGCACUUGAUUUCACACACACACACAGACACAGACACACACAGACACAGAGAGAGAGACGUGCAGGGUCAAAGUUUAAUCAACAGUAAGAGUUCAGAGACAUGCCAAUCCCCUGUGUAUUCCAGUGUGGCUUUGAACAUGCAUUCUAAGGUGAAGUCUCACUGAAUCUCACAAUAACCUUGGAGAUACAGUAUGCACAAUCCGAACACCUGUGUCAUAACCCCACCUCAACCACCAGGCCUGAAACUGAGAAGACCACGGGGGGGGGGCCUAAUCCGUCAAUUUAGAGUCCUUCAAGACGUUGGGAUUCCUCAGUGACAAGUGGAAACUACCUGGAAGUGCAUUUAAUACAGAGAACAGGAGGCACUUCUUUACACAAAGGGGUGUGGGAGUGUGGACCGAGCUGCCCUGGCUUCUUUCAGAAAACGACUAGACGAGAUUCUGAAGUCAAUUAGCUACUAACUAGCAAACAAGCUAGACAGUCCAGACAGCCUCUCCUCGUUCCUCUCUUAUUGUAGCAAAUAAUACCUAAAGAUAUGUCCGGGGCUCUAAACCGAUGUGAAACGACUUGGUAAUUAAAAAAACAAAUGUCUCCAAUAUAUUCAGUCCUCUCAAAAAUAAACUAAUGAGAUAACUUUCUGUCAGUAGAAGGUAUUUCAAUUUUUAUGACGUGAAAUAUUUCCAGAUCGCAUUAAAUGAAAAGUUCACUGGAAAGAGAAGAAAAGUAAAAUGUGUGAUUUUGUUGUACACAAACGUUAGGUACAAUGAUUUUAGUUUGCUUUUACCUCCCCGCCGUGGCCUUUUUAGGUACUGCAAAACCUUCCCUUUAUUUCGCAACUGAAGGGAAGUAAUGACAUUUCUUCCCCUUUGACAGGCGUUUUCUGCAGGUUUCCGUGUCUGUCUUUACGAAUAGAGGAAACACUGAUUUCUCAGUAGGAAGUGAGACAGAUGUGCAAAACGCCUCUUCCUCGAAAUCGGCGUUAUUCUCCCAUAAAUACAAAAGCUAGACUUGGCCGAGGAAAAAGGUGGAUCAUCCAGGUGGGGCUGCACAUUGGUGGUGGUGGAGGGGAUCCCCAUUACCGCUUUGAGUGGAGUGUGCAGAAAAGCGCUAUAUAAGUGUAAGCAAUUAUUAUUAUUAUUAUUUUAAAAAAGCUCCCCUGCGUGGGUAUUACUAUAAAAUGAUCAGUAGGGGGCA